CGCUGGAAGUGACGCGGGGAGGGCGGGGCGCCGGCCCGGGAGCCGCCGCCGCCGCCGGGAAGCGAUGUAGGCUCGCCAGGCCGUCCCCAGCUCCGGCCGAGCCCGGCCGCCGCCGCCGCCGCCGCCGCCAUGAAGAAGCAGUUCAACCGCAUGAAGCAGCUGGCCAACCAGACCGUGGGCAGAGCCGAGAAAACAGAAGUCCUCAGUGAAGAUCUGUUACAGAUCGAGCGGCGCCUGGACACGGUUCGGUCAGUGUGCCACCUUUCCCACAAGCGUCUGACGGCAUGCUUCCAGGGCCAGCAUGGCAGCGAUGCCGAGAGGAGAUACAAAAAACUCCCUCUGACCGCUCUCGCUCAGAUCAUGCAAGAAGCAUCGACUCAACUGGAAGACUCUCUGCUGGGGAAGAUGCUGGAGACAUGUGGGGAUGCUGAGAAUCAGCUGGCUCUCGAACUUACUCAGCAUGAAUCCUUUGUUGAGAAAGAGAUUGUGGAUCCUCUGUGCAACAUAGCAGAGCUGGAGAUUCCCAACAUCCAAAAACAGAGGAAACAGCUUGCUAAAUUGGUGUUAGACUGGGAUUCAGUCAGAGCCAGGUGGAACCAGGCUCACAAAUCUUCAGGAACCAACUUCCAGGGGCUUCCAUCAAAAAUCGAUACCCUAAAGGAAGAGAUGGAUGAAGCUGGAAAUAAAGUAGAGCUGUGCAAGGAUCAACUAGCAGCAGAUAUGUACAGCUUUAUGUCCAAAGAAGGGGAGUAUGGCAAAUUCUUUGUUACGUUAUUAGAAGCCCAAGCAGAUUACCAUAGAAAAGCAUUAGCAGUCUUAGAAAAGGCCCUUCCCGAAAUGCGAGCCCAUCAAGAUAAGUGGGCGGAAAAGCCAGCCUUUGGGACACCUUUGGAAGAACACCUAAAGCGGAGCGGCCGUGAGAUCGCAUUGCCCAUUGAAGCCUGCGUCAUGCUGCUCCUGGAGACAGGCAUGAAGGAGGAGGGCCUUUUCCGAAUUGGGGCUGGGGCCUCAAAGUUAAAGAAACUGAAAGCUGCUUUAGACUGUUCUACUUCUCACCUGGAUGAGUUCUACUCCGACCCCCAUGCUGUGGCAGGUGCUUUAAAGUCCUAUUUACGGGAACUGCCUGAACCUUUGAUGACUUUUAAUCUGUAUGAAGAAUGGACACAAGUUGCAAGUGUGCAGGAUCAAGACAAAAAACUUCAGGAUUUAUGGAGAACAUGUCAAAAGUUGCCACCACAAAAUUUUGUGAACUUUAGGUAUUUAAUCAAGUUCCUGGCAAAGCUUGCUCAGACCAGUGACAUCAAUAAAAUGACUCCCAGCAACAUUGCAAUUGUGUUAGGCCCUAACUUAUUAUGGGCCAAAACUGAAGGAUCGCUGGCUGAAAUGGCAGCGGCUACCUCUGUCCACGUGGUUGCGGUCAUUGAGCCCAUCAUUCAGCACGCCGACUGGUUCUUCCCUGAAGAAGUGGAAUUCAACGUAUCAGAAGCAUUCGUGCCUCUCGUCACCCCAAAUUCCAAUCACUCAUCUCACACUGGAAAUGACUCUGACUCAGGGACCCUUGAAAGGAAGCGGCCUGCCAGCAUGGCAGUCAUGGAAGGGGACUUGGUGAAGAAGGAAAGCUUUGGUGUGAAGCUUAUGGACUUCCAGGCCCACCGGCGGGGUGGCACUCUAAAUAGAAAGCACAUAUCCCCAGCUUUCCAGCCACCACUCCCGCCCACAGAUGGCAGCACCUUGGCUCCUGCGGGCCCAGAGCCCCCUCCCCAGAGCUCUAGGGCUGAAAGCAGCACAGGGGGUGGGACUGUCCCCUCCUCUGCGGGCAUACUGGAGCAAGGGCCAAGCCCGGGCGACAGUCCGCCAAAACCCAAGGACCCCGCACCUGCACCUGCACCUGCCCCAGGGAGAAAUAGCAGUCAGAUGGCCGCGGGCCAGAACCAGGCCCAGACCGCGGCCGGCUCCCAUCAGCUGUCCAUCGGCCCAGGGCACAACUCCGCUGGCCCUAGCCCGCAUACUGUGCGCCGAGCUGUUAAAAAACCUGCUCCUGCACCCCCGAAGCCAGGAAACCCACCUCCUGGCCAUCCCGGGGGCCAGAGUUCUCCAGGAGCAUCUCAGCACCCACCCAGUCUGUCACCAAAGCCAGCCACCCGAAGCCCUUCCCCUCCCGCCCAGCACACAGGCCAGGCUCCAGCCCAGCCGUGCGCCACCUCACAGCCCUCUGCACCCCGGAGGUACUCCAGCAGCCUGUCCCCGAUUCAAGCUCCCAGCCACCCACCGCCACAGCCCCCGACGCAGGCCGCGCUGCCCGGGCACAUCAAACCGAGUGGCCAGGGCCCACCCACCCCCGGGGCCCUGCCCGGUGAGCCUGGACUGGAGCAGCCACCUCACACCCCGCCCCAGACUCCAACGCCUCCCAGUACCCCACCUCUAGGGAAACAGAACCCCAGCCUACCAGCUUCUCAGACCCAGCCGGUGAGUAACCUUGAGACUGCACAGCCACAUGCCGGGACCUUACCAAGACCGAGACCAGUCCCAAAGCCGAGGAACCGGCCCAGCGUGCCUCCACCCCCCCAUCCUCCUGGUGCCCACUCAGCUGGGGACAGCGCCCUCGCCAACGCAGCUCCCACCGCUUCCAAAAUAGUGACAGACGCCAGUUCUAGACUUUCAGAGCCACUUCGCAGCACCUUUCCUGACAUGCAUUCAGACUCAGCAAGCAAAGACCUGCCCGGACGCAUUCUGUUGGACAUAGACAAUGAUACAGAAAGCACCGCCCUGUGAAGAAAGCCACCUCACCCCCGCCCCGACCCCCUCCACCCUGGUGAGCGGAACCGGGGCAGGUGCACACUUCUCUCUGCAGACCAAACAGUGAAAAGCUUUCAGUGAAGGGAAAAGAAGGCCCGGCAUGCAGGCCUUCGCCUCCCCACAGCCCGAGGAGAAGGUGGAGGCUGACACUUUAAGCUGAAUGACCUGUGUCUUGAAGAAGUUGGCUUUCUUUACGUGGGAAAGAAAUCAUGCCAAAAAAAAAAAAAAAAAAAAAUUAGAAAAAGAAAAAAGUACCUAGAAUGGAAAGAGUAUUAUUGCUGAGACAUGUGUAGGAAGCUUUGCCACUGCCAUCAAGGUGGGUGACACAAAAGGCAAUCUGGAAUGAAGAAGCAGCAGCACGUGAACUGUCUAUUUAAUAAAAUACAUUCAUUAUGCAAAUCUCCUACUUCCUGCUACUUGGACUCUCAUUCUUAUAGAUUAGGAGGGAGGUUCCUCUCUUUCACAAUUGCUGCAGAAUUGUUUUGUAUGAAGUAUGGUCGUGCCUCCCCGACCCCCUCAAAACCAUGAGCAUCGAUGGUGACUGCUGGAUCCGUCACCUCAGCAAACUGGAUGUGACUUGUGCCUUGUUGGAUUGCCAGAAUGUAGAAAGAAAUGUACUGUUCUUUUUUUUUUUUUUUAAACAAUGUAAUUGCUACUUGAUAAGGACCGAACAUUAUUUUAGUUUCAUGUUUAAUUUGAAUUAAAUAUAUUCUGUGGUUUA